AUGCCGCUGAGAUCGCAAGAGUUGUUUCACUAUUUUUGUGGAAAUGCUUCAGCGUUUAGUGCUUUACCGAAAGACCACAGAAACAACUUUCUUGCCUAUACGAUCUCAAACCCUGAGGCGCUAAGAAGUGCAGUACUAAUGGCGGGAAUACAUUUCGCUUUCGACAUUGGCCAUCUGGACAAAUUUGAACCGACAUUUCUGUAUCACAAGAUUGAGACUGUACAGCAAGUGAGGAAGUUGAUAUCAAGGGGAGACCUCAAGCUACUUGCUGGGAUUACCAAGCAGAUCUCUACUCUAGCUUAUGCAGAGAAUGACCAGUGCAAAACUCUCGAUCAAGAGCUUUCAGAUCGUUAUUUUCUUCUAACGUCGACCUUUGUCAACGGUUUAGAAAGCCUCAUCAAAGGCGUGGCUUGCAAACAAGGCCUGGGCGGCAGCGUGACCACCAUGGAGUUGAGCGAGACAAUGAACUUCCUCCACAAUUUCCACUUGACCUCUGGCCAAUUCUCGCAUAAGAACACGGUCAAGGCCGUUCGGCUAAUUCCAGCCUUCUUCGAUGCCCCUCAUGACGGCGCACAGUUACUCGACAUUGACUAUAGGCCUAUACUCGAGUGUCUCCAGGGAUUAGACGAGAAUCCUGGGCCGAACGAACAAUAUGACUUUUGGCUGUAUGGUCGGGCCUCGACAUUUUGGUCCAAUAUCAUCAACGCACAUUUGAACUCUAUCUACUACGAGGGCGACAGUAGUGAGUCCAACGCUACUACGCCCGAAGACUCGAGGUACAUGACGCCCUGGUGUGCUUUGCUGGCGGCAGUAAAGUUUUAUGUCGAACAGGUUGUUAUCAUAUGGCGUCCCUUGAGGAGGGAGAUAUUCCUCCACGCUUUGCGUAUCUUGCAGCGUGAUAUUGCGGUUGCUAUGCAAAAGCCUGUGUCACUUCAACUGCCAGAGAUGAUGUUAUGGGAAUCGUUUCUUGGAUUGGUUAGUAUUCGUGGGCAUGAGAAGUUUGGCGAUAUGGACCAGGAACCUGGUCUGAGGCCGUUCUUCGAAGAGAUUGUAAGAAGCCAGAGCAAGGUGAUGAGGCUAUACACAUGGGAAGAUGUGAGGGGGGCGCUGAUGUUGUCUAAUCUCGCUGAAGGAACAUGUCGCAUUGAGGAUCACUGUGAAUCGCUGAGAAAUAUUGAACCGGUCACAUGGCCAACUUUACAGAGACCUCCAAGAAUUCUGACUGUUGCAGCUGCAGCCUCACCAAUCCGGACCUCGUGUCUCACAAUCAAGUUACCCCUGUUGUGA